GCGCCAAAUCAUAUCCGUUUCAGAUUACAUUAUCGUCAUCGUCAUCAUCACCAACGAGACAGCUUCACCUUUUAACUAGCACACUGGACUCUAUCUCCGGCCGGCGGCCAACUUGAUACUGACCCCUAAAAUGGCUUUCUCCUCAGCCCUUUUCUCCCCUGUCUCUUUCACCCCGAACCCCACCCUAAACCCCACCAAACCUCACCGAAAAUCCUUCACAUUUGCUGCCAUUCCGCCACUAUCCACGGCAACCGACGUUGUCUCGAUGGCUCCUACCUUAGACGGAACCACAGUCGCCGUCAUUGGUGGCGGGUCAGUGGCAGCACUUGCUGCGGUGCUCUCUCUGGCUGACCCGGAACGGCGGCGGAGAAUGCAGGCGGAGGAGGUUGGCGGUGGGGAUAAGGAGGUGGUUAAGGAGUACUUUAACAAUAAUGGGUUUCAGAGGUGGAAGAAGAUUUAUGGGGAUACGGACGAUGUGACUAAGGUUCAAUUGGAUAUUCGAAUUGGGCAUUCCAAAACAGUGGAAAAUGCUUUGAAAAUGUUGAAGGAUGAAGGGUCUUUGCGGGGAGUUACUGUUUGUGAUGCCGGAUGUGGGACCGGGUCGCUGGCUAUUCCCUUGGCGAAGGAAGGGGCCGUUGUUUUGGCUAGCGAUAUUUCGGCUGCUAUGGUUGCUGAAGCUCAGAAGCAGGCGGAAGCAGAGCUGUUGAAAGGUAAAGAUGAGGUAUCACCCGCACCAGUUAUGCCAAAAUUUGAAGUGAAGGACUUAGAAAGCUUAGAUGGCAAGUAUGACACGGUAGUCUGCUUAGAUGUUUUGAUACAUUAUCCACAAAGUAAGGCAGACGCCAUGAUUGCUCAUCUUGCUUCGUUAGCCAAGAAUCGGUUGAUUCUUAGUUUUGCUCCCAAGACAUUUUACUAUGAUCUGUUGAAGAGAAUUGGAGAAUUGUUCCCUGGACCAUCAAAGGCUACAAGGGCAUAUCUACAUGCAGAGGCUGAUGUCGAGAGGGCUUUGCAGAAAGUUGGCUGGAAAAUAAGGAAGAGAGGUUUAGUUACAACACAAUUUUAUUUUGCAAAGCUUGUGGAGGCUGUUCCUGCCUAGUGCAUAACAAGAGGAAAUAGGUUGGAUGUGCUGAAUUUCCUAUGUCUAUCUUGUUCCUAAAUUCAGAAAUAAGCACUGUAGAAUCAAAGAAUUGAUUAUCUAACAGCACAAGUAAACAAUCUCCACAGACUGGCGAAUCUUCAAUAUUAUGGGAUCUUCAAUGAAGCAUGUCAAAAUAUAGCUGUCAAGCUCUAUAUUAAUGAUUCAAUACCCAAAAUUCUGUAAACGUUUCUGUUUUCUUGGCCAAGGCUUCUUCAGUUACAUGAUCUUCCACUGAUACAGAUCA